ACAGUCCAAACCCUAGCAGUAAUUCAGUAAAGUCCUCCAUUUCCACAACAUCCUAGAGAGAGAAAAUAGUUUACCAGUUUGACACAAUAAAUAAAGCUAAACAAUUAAGGAGUUGUUUGUUUGUUUUGUGUUUGGCGCGAACAUGGACUCUGAAGAACUCCGCACCAUCGUCUCCGAACAAAGCCGUGAACUCCUCACCGCCAUGGCCGUCGAGUCCGACCUCGACCUCGCUUUCCAACUCCAAAUGCAAGAGGCCAUCAAAUCCUCUCUCGGUCCUCAACCUUCUUCCUCUUCUUCAACACUUCCACAGUUUCAUAUCCAUGACGUUUCCGAUCCGAGCUUCGCUAGCCUCAUCUCUGAAGAAAUCGCCAGGUUCGAGCAAGAACACGGCGAUCGCGAUCAUGCCGAGUCUGAGAUGAUGAAAAUGCGCGACGAUCUCCGCCGUCGGAUCCACGAUCAGGCCUUUGCUCGCGACAUGAGUCGAAUCUCCGAGGAAGAGUGGAUGAAGACCGGCGAUCACUUCGUCAGACCGUACGGAGAGGGUUCUUCUUAUUCGGAGUCUUCUGCUAGGGUUUCUAAUGCGGAGGCCUUCAGGCUUUACUCCAAGGGUUUGGUGAGAGAGGAGAGAGUCGGGGGUGUGAAGAAAAUGUCGGCGGGUAUUGGGAUCGCCAUUUGCGAUUUGGGAGACUAUCCGAUUCUUGAGUUGCGAAAGCCUUUGUUUGGUUGUGAUGAAAUGAGCCACCAAGUGGCGGAAGUGAAAGCUCUGAUUGAAGGCCUUAAUGCCGCUAUCAAUUUGGGUAUUAAGCGAAUCUCCAUAUUUUGCGAUAACCCUUUGGUCUAUCAAUAUGUUACUGGCAAAGCAAUACCAAUGCAGGGACAUAUAGCUGCCUUUGUUGGUCAGGUGACUCUUCUCCAAAGAAAGUUCUCAUAUUGCAGUCCCUCUUUCGUGGCACAGAAAGAUGUUAAGUUUGCACUCAAACUUGCAAGUGAGGCAAUAGUUUCUCAGGUCACCUGUUUGGCAGAAAGUAGCCGUGGCAAAAAUAUGAAGGAAAAUUGUUCAAUUUGUUUGGAAGAUACUGAUGUUAGUCAGAUGUUUUCUGUUAAUGAUUGCCUGCACCGCUACUGCUCGUCUUGUUUGAAGAAACAUGUAGAAGUGAAGUUGCUUCAAGGGAUGCUGCCAAAAUGCCCUCAUGAUGGAUGCAAGACUGAGCUGAAAAUUGAGAGCUGCAAAAAUUUCUUGACAUCAGAAUUAUAUGAUCUUAUGAGCCAACGUAUAAAGGAAUAUUCCAUUCCCGCGACACAGAAAAUCUACUGCCCAUAUCCUAAGUGCUCGGCGUUAAUGUCGAAAGCCGAGGCUUUAGUAAAUACUAAUAAUGCAGGAGCCAGCAUGUGCGAGAGAUGUCGUGGCCUGUUCUGUAUGAGCUGCAAGGCCCCUUGGCACAGUAACAUCAGCUGCAAUGAUUACAAAAUUUUAAAUCCUUACCCAUGUGCAGAAGAUGCAAAGCUGAAUUCUCUUGCAAGGAGGAAUCUGUGGCGCCAGUGUGUGAAGUGCCACCAUAUGGUUGAACUUGCAGAAGGUUGCAACCACAUUUAUUGUAGAUGUGGUUAUGAGUUUUGCUACAUUUGCGGAGCUGAGUGGAAGAACAAGAAAGCAACAUGUAGGUGUCCUCUCUGGGAUGAGCGCAAUAUCGUAUAUGAUCAGCAGAAUAGGCAUCAACUAAGACAGGGAUGAUAAGGAACACCCUAACUAUGAUCUAUAGUAUCAAUGAAUGGCCAGUAAGUAUGUCUAUAUGUACAUAUAAGCUUAUAUUUCCCACUUUCCUUUCAAAGAAAAGACGAGAGAAAAUUAGGUGGUAGUAUUGAGAUUUUUAUGUUGCAAUGGAUCAAAGUGGGAACCAUUUAGGAAGCUUUACUUUUGUUCUAGUGUUGGUACAAUUCUUGAAUCUUAUAUAGAAGAGGCUUGGAACUUGUGGUAGAAGGAUUUAAAAAAACCUAGUAGUGGGACAUAGAAUGGUUUUUGUGAUUGGUAGGCUAUGUUGAAAGUAUCUUUUACUUUUUUGGUAA